AUGGCUGACUUAUUCCUCCUCCUUCUGUGCCUACAUGGGCUCCCCCAGGCCGCUGCAGACAACAUCCAGGCCAUCUAUGUGGCAUUGGGGGAGGCAAUGGAGCUGCCAUGUCCUUCACCACCCACCCUGCAUGGAGACGAAUUCCUGUCCUGGUUCCGCAGUCCUGCAACAGGCUCCUCCACUGCUUUAGUGGCCCACGUCCAAGUAGCCAGGCCAGCCCCAGACCCUGGGAAGACUGGAAGGGAAUCCAGGCUCAAACUCCUGGGAAACAACUCUCUGUGGCUGGAAGGGUCCAAGGAGGGAGACGCUGGGCGGUACUGGUGCGCCGUGCUGGGUCAGCGCCACAAGUACCAGAACUGGAGGGUGUAUGAUGUCUCCGUGCUCAGAGGAUCCCAGUUCUCUGCGAGGGCUGCAGAUGGAUCCCCCUGCUCUAUCCUCCUGUGCUCUGUGGUCCCCACCAGACGCCUGGACUCUGUGACCUGGCUGGAGGGGAAGGGUCCUGUGAGGGGGCGUGUGCAGUCCUUCUGGGGUGAUGGAGCUGCCCUGCUCUUGGUGUGUCCUGGGGAGGGGCUUCCUGAGCCCAGGGGACGUAGACCAAGAAACAUCCGCUGCCUCAUGCCUCAGAACAAAGGGGUCAGCUUUAGCCUGGCAGCCUCCAUGGAUGCCUCCCCGGCCCUCUGUGCCCCUUCCACAGAGUGGGGUGCACCCUGGAUCCUGAUGCUGCUGCUCACAGUGGGCCAGGGGUUCACCAUCGUGGUCCUCAGCGUCAUGCUCUGGAGGCGGAGGGUCCAGGGGACUAAGCACAGAAAUGCCUCGUUUCCUCAGUUCAAACCCGAGAUCCAGGUCUAUGAGAACAUCCAUUUGGCCCAUCUCAGGCCACCUGCCCCUAAGACCAGGUGAUCUCAACGACAUCUGCUGGGAAGUGUGACCUGCUGUCUCCCUGGCCAUCUGGCACCUGAAAGAUUCCCGAAAACCUUGGCAAGGGGGCAGGGGCUGGGAGUGCUACUUCACAGUCCAGCUGGUCUCCAGCAGCCAAGCUUUCUGUGUGUGUGUGUGUGUGUGUGUGAAGGGGCUGGGGGCUGAAGGAAAGGAGAAGCAUUAUUCUGUGAUGU